AUGCUUCGAGCAACGGGCGCCACGAGGUUCGUUCCUGGCGUACUCCCCACCAACCGCCUCCCAGCGGCCCUCAAACCCUCUGAAUUAGCCUCUGCCGCUAGACAAAACCUGUCCAUGUCAGUCAGCGCCACACUCAACGACCUCCAGUCGUCCCUAAACGGUCAAGUCGCUUCUAUUGACGCGGCAUUGAAGGGAAGGCUAGGGCAGCUCGGAGCUCGUCUCAAUGACAACGCGGCAGCUGCAAACGCCGCUCUUCAAUUACAGAUAUCCGCGCUAAAAGCCGGCCUCGCUGCUCUGAGCGGGAGCCUCGCAAACGUGAACCUUGUCCUGUUUGCGAACGUGUCUACAGCGGCAGCGGCAGCGGCAGGCCUGGAUUCUCAAGUGUCAGCAAUCAAGGCCAACAUUUCCAGCAUCAGAUCCAGCGUCGACGCUUUGAACAAGGACCUGGCGGUUUUGGCGGGACUUUCAGCCGGGUUUUCAUCAAUUCGCGCGGCUGGAAAGCCUACGUCGCUGCAGCAGCGGCUGUCGCAGAGAAUAUCUGCUGUGACGCAGAGAGUCGCAGGGAUCAACGCAAACGUUUCGUCACUCGCCGGGAAGGUGAACGCGCUCCUGCUGCAGGUCACCAUAAAUGGAGCACUAAACGGAGCCCUAAACGGAACCGUAACCGAUGUGACAACGGCAUUGAACGAAACGGUCACCACGGCCCUCAGCAACCUUCUAAACAACAGCGCCCUCAACGGAGUGAUUAGUGGCGCUCUUAACGGGCUUUUGAGCGGCAGUAUUAGCAGCCUGGCGGAUGUUCUUCCCCAACAGGCUGGCAUGCUGCGUGGGGUGCUGCUGUCGUGCAACGGUCCGCUUUCUCUUCAGGCCGGCGCUGCCAACAUCGAAAUCCUCAAGAUCGGCUCAGAUUACCUAGUUGCCUACUACCUAUAUGCGUCAGGCAUCGCCCAAGCCCCUGCCUCGCAGGCCAUCUACAAGGGAAAUGCUUGCAGCGUCAGUGAUUCCACUGUCGUCUUGAACCUCCCUGGCACGUGGCAGCUCAUGAGCGCUGCUUCCUGGUCACUCACCAAUGCUGUGAUGGUGUCAGCUGCUGACGUGGCGGAGCUGGUUGGAUCGCUCCAGGCGGAAGCAUGCGCGCUGGCGGAGCCCGCGCAUGAAAGCGCAGGUGUUGCGCGGGGUGGGCGGAAGGCCUCCGCGUGCGCGGCGGUGGCGGGCGGGGAUGGCGGAGGGUGCAGCGCAACGACUAUGGAUUGCCUCGACGACGCGUGUCUGCUUCUCGUCUUCUCCUUCCUAGCACCGCUUCCAGAUCGGUUCCACGCGGGCCGUGUGUGCCGCAGAUGGCAACAUCUUGCCGCCGAUCGCCGCAUGUGGAUCCACGUGGACCCGCUCCGCUUCUCCCGCCGAUUCUCCGCGCCACGUCACCACCUCCGCCGCUCGCUUGACUCCGCCCUCUCCCCUCACCCUCUCCGCGCAAGCCUCCCUUCCGCCUUCCCCCCGCUUCCGCCCCCGCGCGCGACACCCCCGGCGCACGCACAAUCCCUCCCGCCGCCUCUCCGCGGGGAGGCAGACGACGAGGUUGACGACAUGCUGCCACGUGUCUUCCCGUCGUUGGCACUUGCGGUCAGAGCUGCGCGUCCGGGCGACACCAUCCUAUUGGCAGCAGGCGCCGUGCAUGCAGUGGAGAGUGUGGUCGUGGACAAGCCGCUGUGCCUGAGGGGAGCGGGCAUGACAUGUGGAGACACGGUUCUCGAGAGCCCCAAGUGGGCCGAGAGCGCACUGGACUUCUCAGCGUCAGCGCUGUUAAUCAACGUGACAGUGCGGUCAGGGUACGGGCACUGCGUGCUGCACCGGCAGGGGCGGCUGGUGGUGGAGCGGUGUGCCAUAGAGUGUGCUGCACACCCCCUCGCACACCUCUUCUUCCCCAUCCUCUCCUCUGCAACUUGCCACCCCGGCUCCCAUGCACAUGCGCUUGCACAGAAAGAAAUUCAGCAGCAGCAGCUGCAGCAGCAGAAGGAAGGGGAGCGGUUGGGUGAGGGAGGAGUGGAGGGGGGGAUGGCUGUCGCAGUGGCUAAUAGGAAGAGGCGGAGGGUUGGUGGGGAGUGUGAAGGGGAGAAUGGUGGUGUCUGUGGAGGGGACAUGCAGAGGGUGGUGUGGGAUAUGCAGAGCUGUGGAGCAGGGCGUGUAGGGGAUGCAGGGCAUGCAACAGCUGCAACUGAGAGUAACACCUCGUUAGGAGCACCUUCAUCAGCAGCAGCAACAGCAGCCACAGAAGAAGCAGCAGCAGCAGAACCGCCAUCAAGAGCACUACCUGUGGCGGCGUUGUGUGGGGGAUUGAGGGGCAAGGGUGGGAAGGCGGCAGGGGUGAGGGUGGUGGAGACGAGUAUUGUGGGGGGAGGCAGUGCGGUGCACACAUGCGGAGGGAUGGCUCUUAAAGAGGUUCGGGUGCUCUACGCCCGUGCAUCCCUUGUCUUCUGCUUUGUCAUUGACUGUAUAGAGUUAAAGAGCGUGGGGAAGAGGGAGGAGGAGGAGGAGAGCAGAGAGGGCGGAGAGAGAGGAGAAUGGCCUUCAGUCCGGCUCCCGCAUCCCAAUUCCCCUCCCCUAUCCCCUUCUCUCCCUCCCCUAUCUCUCACCUCUUUCCCUCCCCCCUUCAGCCACGCGUCUCGUGUUUCAAGUCACGAACUGUUCUUCUCGUAUUUCAAGGAGCUGAUCGGCAAGGAGGUGACGGUGGAGCUGAAGAACGACCUGGCCAUCAGCGGCACGCUGCACUCUGUGGACCAGUACCUCAACAUCAAGCUGCACAACUCCAGGGUCGUCAAUGAUGCGAAAUACCCGCACAUGCUGUCAGUGAAGAACUGUUUCAUCCGAGGCUCAGUGGUGCGCUACGUGCUGCUGCCACCAGACGGUGUUGACGUGGACAUUCUACACGACGCCACGCGCAGGGAGGCACGUGGCGCCACGUGA